AUGGAGUCAGCAGCCAGCGACGGUGGAUCUUGGCCGGAGGACGAAGGUAUUGCCAAUGACGACGACGAUGCGAGACAGCCCAUCUCGGCGGGGAGAAGAGCGCCGGCACGACCUACCAGCUGCGAAACGUGCAAGUCUCGGAAAGUUCGCUGCGAUCGAAAACGCCCGGCAUGUGGCUGGUGCACGAGGAAUGGGCAGACCUGCCUGUACACGGCGCGGAGGAAGCCAGGUCUGCGAGCCGGCUUCGGGAGGGAACUUGAGGGGCGCGUAGACCGGCUGGAAAGCGUCCUGCAAGCACAGCAACGCACGAUUGCGCAGCUCGUCGAUCGACUGGGUGGUGAGCUCUUGGUCCGGGCGCCGAUCAAUUCCGACGGCCUCCCGCUCCAGAGCGCACUCGAUGGGUCGUCACACCACGAGGGCAAUCCGCAUGCCCUGCAUCAUGCUUCUGCUGCAGCUCCCGCCAUGACCACCUCCUCGACGGCGACAGUCAAUGGGCACGACAUGGUUGACACUACCGCUUUUGACGAGCAAAACCUCCCACCUUAUGAUCUUCUUUGCACUCUUACCCGACUCUUCUUCGAGCACGUGUAUCCUUGGUUCCCGCUACUGCAUGAAACUGCAACAAUGCAAUUACUGACGGAUCCGACUGCACUACGAACGGACGAGUUUAUUCUACUUCAUGCUAUCGUUGUCAUCACGUUGCGCUACUGCAAGGAUUACAGACUGGACGAAGGCCGACGAGAUCGAUACUAUCGCGUAUCGAAGGAAAAGGUGCUCUUACAUGGAGUCGAAACGAGCACCGUCAAAGGUCUGCAAGCAAUGGUCAUCUUAGCGCUUGAUGUGAUCGGCACCUCGAACGGUCCACCAGCACUCAAUCUUCUGGCCAUGGCGGCGAGAAGUGUCGUUCAGCUCGGCCUUGCAACGGAAGCAGUAGGCCCAUCUGCCACUCCCGCGAGCGUGUCCAUCUCGACUCUUCAAGUCAACAUCUUGUCAUCCCCGGAAUCGUUCACCGAGGAGGAAAGUCGACGGCGCUUGUUCUGGACGGUCUACCUGUUAGAUCGGCUUGCGACUGCGGCGACGGCAUUCGACUUUGCGUUGAAUGAGGAGGAAAUACGCCGCAGAUUGCCUUGCCACCAUGAUUUCUUCAUCUGUAACCACGCCGUCGUCACGGACUGGAUGGAUCAGCCUUCUGAGAACUAUGAACACCUGGGCUCGUUUGCAUUUUACGUCAGGGUUGUAGGAAUCCUGUCGAAAAUCCACCUGUUCCUGCGCAGACCCGUCAACAUUGCCGCCAGCUCCGACGUUGCACAAUGGCAGCAUGAUUACCGGGAGCUCAACAGUAAGCUGCGGUCGUGGGAGGCCAAUUUGCCAGCGAGAUAUCAAAGUGUCCUUCAUUCGAAUUAUUCCGACGGUCAUCAGCAUGUUGACGCCGGGGUUGUCUUGUUGCAUCUGACGUUUCACAUGACAACAAUCCGUCUACACUCGUCCGCAGCGUAUCCCACGCAUUCAUCACAGCACUUCCAACCCUCUCCUUCAGCCAGCCAGCGAUGCCUCGAUGCCGUCGACGGGAUUGUCGCGCUCUGUGACGUGGUCAGGACCCACGACAUCCUGGACAAGCUCGGUCCUCCUGCCGCAUUCUGCAUCUGGGUGGCAGCACGACUACUGCUCGUACAUGGUUCUACGGUCGAGGGCCAAGUGAAACCCUGCAUCACAUCACUUGUGGAAACAUUGGAGCUGCUGGGCCGGUACUGGAGCAUCGCAGGGCGCUACGCCAACUUGCUGAGAAGGGUUCUCGAUGAAUACCACGACCAUGUCAAUUCUCCUGCUGAAGAUCGCCACGCUCGAGAAGCGCCUCCCAGCGUCCGAAUCUUGGCGGACAUGAGGAGAUGCGCCUAUGAUCUCGACCUGCUCAUCUCCCGACAGCCCAAAUCCACUCCCAUUCGGGCCACCACGACAGAACUACCCUUGGAAUACUUGGACGUUUUCGACUUCUUCAAUGUCCCUCGAUUGCCGAUCUCUGAUGAAUCGCUUCUUGCGACUGGCAGCCAGAUUAACCCAGCAUUCCCGUUUCAAGGCGGCCAGGAACUGACGAAUACCAACUUUCUCUUCGAUGCCAACGUCGACUGGCUUAACGAUUCUUCCGUUAUGUGA